AGCCAUCCUGGGGCUGCCACACAACCUGCGCAGACCGAGGCUGCCCAAGUGCGCCAAAACAAUUGAUCUUUUGACUUCCGCACCGCUCUCCCAGCCGCGAUGGUCUUCGUGACACCUACAACCACAGAAGUGCUCCAGUGGGAAGGGCUGCACCUCUUCCACUUUGAAAGCAGCACAUGCAGCAAGAAAGUAAGGACAGUGCUCGCCUUGAAAGAGUUGAGCUGCACACUGCACCACGUCGACCUCACGACCCACGAGAACAAGACCGAAUACUUCCUCGGCAUCAAUCCACGGGGGCUUGUCCCGGUCCUGGUGCACGACGGGAAGGUCAUACUCGAGUCGAACGACAUUGUACAGUACUUAGACGACGCCUUCGGCCCGGACUCACCGAUUCCCACGCGCCGUUUAUCAGAUGCGAACACGGAGCAGGCGCUCUCGGCCGAGGACGCGCUGCACAUGGCGAUGCGGACCCUAACCUUCAGCUUCCGCAUCCCGUCGGCGCUCGGCCGCGUGCCGGACGACAGGCUGGCCCUCUACAAGGACCGCGGGGCGAACAUUGAGGGCAAGGGGCAGAACCAUGGGGAGCAGAUAGCGUUCUGGACGGCGUAUAACCAAAACGGCGGCUGCUCGGGCGACGCCAUCGUCCAAGCUUAUGACGCGAUCCGCGCGGCCUUCGACGGAUUGGAAAAUGAAUUGAAUGGCGCCCAAUUUCUGUCCACGGCAGCUGAUGCGCUGUCGCUGACGGACGUCGUCUGGUUCCCGACCGUGCGACGGGUGUUCCUCUGCGGCUACGACCUCCGGCGGCACCCGUCGCUCUGGGCCUGGCACGAACGCAUGCGCGCGCAUCCCGCCAUCGCGCCCUUCGUCGAGCCCAUGGGCGGCCUCGGCAACGCCUUCUACGUGUGGCAGUACCUCACGGGCACGACGCUCGAGAAAUUCGUAGAGGCGCAUCGGCGGGCACAGCCCUUCCGGCUAAAGGUUUAAACAACAAAUUUAAGC